AUGGACAAAACAGCAAAUUCAAACGUUGCAAAUGCCCUAACACCGAACGCCACUGCGAAUACAAUUUUACCAGCCGCACACUUUCCAACACCAAGUCCUCGUUCACCUUCAAACUCUUCAGAUCACACUGGAACCACGUCUUCAUAUGACUUUUUAUAUGAGCUUGUGCAAAAACGUAUAACGACUUUUUCAUAUUUGAAACGAGUUCAUGAGGGAAGGAUACAUUGGUUUAACACACCUUUCGAUUUGGAUUAUUUUCAGACAUUCUAUACAUUAUGCGACAUGCUUGUGGAAGUAUAUAACAAACUGCUGAUAGGGACUAAUAACAUAGUGGCACCCAAUUUUAUAGAAAGUGUACUAAAAGUUGAUGGAAAAUUUAAGAAAAUAAUUUCUCAAGUAUCGAAAGAAGUAGAUACAUUAGCUCGUAAUAAUCUCAAGGAAGAAUUACGAAUAAUUGAUCCAAUUAUAAUGAUGUCACCAACUAAUACAACAUCAGGAGGUGGAAUAAUUGCUAAUACAAACAACACUGCAAUAAUCAAUGGGAAUGAUGGCUUAUGGGAUGAAGGAUGA